AACCAAAGUGCGGUCGUUCCCGAAACCCAGCAUCUGACUAGCUCUUCGGCUUCAUCUUCUAUCGUUAAGGCUGCAAUAAAUACGUCUAGCCAAGUACCAUCUACAAAAGCGCUUUCACUUUCAGCCUUUUCAAGUAGGAAAGUUUGAAAGUGAAAGAGGAUUUUCUUAGAAUACCAGGCAUCUUGAUUCCGUUUCUCAAGAGGAAGCGGGCACGAAGAUGCCGCUGCAGAUGGAUUUGCUGUAGUUCUAAUAUGAGCAUCAUUGUGUCAGAUACCCACGCUAGUUCCUCCUCCUCUGGUGCCGGAGGAGGUGUCACGCGCUCAGCAGAGAACAAGACUCCUGCUGCUGUAAGUGGAACAAGGCGCUCGCCGUCUUCUGGUCGGAUAAUCGCUAAGAUUGGACAACAGUCAGAGCAACCGCCAAUCGUGGAGCAAGCUGCCAAUAGUGGAGACGCUGGCGCUGGGCCUGCUGUUGGAAUCGACGGAGAACAACUCAAUAGUGGAGACGCUGGCGAGGGGCCUGCUGUUCGACACACUCACGUAGAUAAAAAGGUUCAACAGGAGGUACUAGGGUCCGAGAAUGAACUCCAUGAUGUUGCAGUCGACAAGAACAUAGAAGUUGUUGGAAUCGAAGGAGUAGCUGACGCUGGCGCUUCUAAAAAUAGUGGCCAACAGGUUGUAGACCUCUGUGGACCCGAUGAUGAUCAAGGGCAGGUAGAUCUAUUUCCAUCCUACAACGAUAGACCAGCAGACGGUUUGGCGCCGCCAUCUUCUGGCAAAAAGGGGAAAUGCAUCAAGGAGGGGAGCCAUAAAACCGGUUCUCCGAAGAAUGAUGGGGAGCAGAGGGACGAAUUUGGAGGCCAGGAAACGAGUGCAGUAGCUGGAGCGAAAGCAACGUACCAUAAUUUUGAAACUUGGAAAUGUUUGAAGUCGAUUUGUGAGGUAAACUAAGAAUGAUUGCCAUUUCUUGGGGAGUCGUUCUUUGGGUACUAGAUAGAAGGGUAUCAACACUAUAAUCACAAGAAGAGGAGGAGUUGUAAACAAUACGAGUCAAUGUUGUACCAACAGUGGGUAUUCGCAACUAUAGUGAUGCCUUCUAAUUCUAAAAUAGGCAAUUUGAGUUGCUAUUUCGUCUUUCGCGGAAAAAGAAGCCUUUCCUCAUACUUCGAGAACACGAUUAGUAAUUUUGUCACACUCAUCAGUUCAUCUGCCGGCUAAAUCCUCACAUUGCUAAGCUUCAUCUGAGUCUGCAAUCUGAACCAGGUCUGGUGCCGGACCACGGAUUGGCCACAAACGCUUACCCUGGGCCAAAACUGACCAACAAGGUCAGGAUGCCGGUCGCGAGGCGCUUACCCUCCGCUGUGCCGCAUAUAGAGGCAAAGUACCUGCUGCCCCGAUCAUACUGCCCCGUCGAGGAACCCGUGAGUCUGUUCUUGGAGGAGGCGCACCCCCAUCGUCCGGGCUUGGGGGUGCAGCCUCAUCUUUUGUCGUUGGUCAGGCCUCUGGCGUUGGUGCUGCCUCGUCAUCGUCGGGGGCCGGAUGUGUAGCCUCAUCAUCGUCUGUGCCUGGUGCACGUGGAGCAGCCUCAUCAUCGUCUGUGCUUGGUGCACGUGGAGCAGCCUCAUCACCGUCUGUGCUUGGUGCACGUGGAGCAGCCUCAUCACCGUCUAGCGCUGGUCCUGGUAGAAACCAAUCUCGCAUAUUCAACCCGUUCGCGUCCUUCGGGAUCUCAUCAGGGACUCUGGAAAGUGCAGCGAGGCUGAAGGCCUGUCAUGCUGCGCUUGACGAAAUUAAGGCUUCCACAAAUUCCUCUUGAGAGGCAUCUUUGACGCAUAUCCAAGGGGGCCCAUGACGCUCCAAGAUGCACUCGUCUAAGAUGAAUAUUUACAUUUUUACUCCAUAGAAAUGCUGACUUUGAAAAAUCCUAGGUAAAUCUCGUUAUAGGGAACAUCUAACCAAUUAGACUGGAGCGGGCCACUGUAUGAACCGGAAUCAGUUUUUCAACCGACGUUUAGUGUGAAUCGCCAGCAGCCGCCCAACGGCGACGUGGCUGCUUCGCCUGAGCAUAGACUUCCUAAGAUUAAGGCUCAACUCGUCGAUACCACAACUCACUUCACUAACAACACGUUGUACUGGACAUGGUCUAGGACAACUUCUCUAAUUCAACCUCUACUAAUAACAAAACUAGGAUUAAUAUUCUGAAGAUGAAGCUGAAGACAUGCAGAAAUUAACAUCAUUCUAGUUCGAAAUAUUGGUCUAGUUCGUAACCCCAUUCGCAAGAUAGUGUAGGGCGAAAGAAAUGGAAGUGUGGACUGCUUUGAGCGGCUCUAAUAAGAGUCAAGACUUAGAAGCAGAACGCAGACUGGCGGACGAGCAAUGGGCGGAGUCCCAACACCAUGAAACCAUCUAUGCCGACUUGCAGCAUCAACCUGCGAUCAUGACGACGACUGAUGACGACUUGGCGCCGCCCGUCGGCUCGGGUGGUGGGUCGGGUCGUGUGGAUCUCCAACUUGGCGUCGGCUCGAGUGGAGGUCUACUGUCAAGUGCAUACGCCGCACCACAACAGAGAGUAGCCGCAGCAGGGCAUGAUCAUCAUGUUGACCACCUGGAAGACUACGAUAUGGAUUUGCGAUCAAGCAAGAAUGGUUCCCCGGCUGGUAACCAAGGUGCUGCGGAUGCGGAGGACGACCUUCUAGGUGGGCAUGCGGAUCAUGCUCGGAGAGGAGCAGUGCUGGUUCAUGAGCGGAAGAGAAGAAGGCGAAGAAGACGAGGUGCAGACAAACUAGAGCUUCGAGAACGCGGUGACCUCUUUGACGACGAUCCACGUGGUGAAGUUCGACGCUUUCCGCGUGGUGAAGGAUAUUGGGAAAGUGAAAAUUUAGAAGACCCUAUCGAGAUGGUGGACUCCUCCAACGAAGAGGAUUCUUUCUGUGAAGAUAUUCUUAAGGCAACUUCUAAGCGAGCAAGAGCCUCCUCUUUCUGAUUUAACAUGGUUCAUGGUUCUUAUAAUGAUAAAUCCUCUUUUUCAAGUUUUUUGGAAAAGAAGGCUCCAAGGUGGACAUGAAUCUGGAGGAAGAUGCGGGGCGGUAGCGGUAGCUCUUCUAAUCUUGAGGACCGCAAAGCAGGACCAAGGAACAACGUUCUGCUCCACGAGCCGGACCCACACGAUUACUGGGGUCAGCAAAUUAAACGCAACCACGAACGCCAGAGGGAGCAAAGAGAGGCCGCUGAGCGUGAGGCCGCUGAGCUCGAGAAGGCAGCUGUCGCGAAGGCUUCUUCGAGAAACGUGGAAACUGGAAGUGGAACUGCUGCCAAAGGUUCUCGUUUCUCCAAAGUUUCGAGUUCCGUAGGUGGUUUCUUUUCAGCAGGGCUUGGUGGCCUCCUGGAGAAAGGGCCUCGGCUUGCAGCAAUUGAAGAGGAAGAGGGCGAGGGAGCUGACGAAGGGUCACUGCAACUGGUGGGCGGACGGCCACGACAACUGAUGCAUGGUCAUUUACAACAAGGUGCAACAAGUCAGAAGCCAGGAGUAUCAAGUCAACAUUAAGCCUUCAGAAAAAUCAUCUUUCGAGGCAUCCCUGAAAAGUAUGAGUGAGUCUAAGUACCUACUUCCUUCAACAAGGAUACUCUUCUGCGAGGAUGAAGCCGAAAGAUGAACUUUCGAUAGGUCUAACAACACUCGCCAGAAGGCGUUAGAAGUCUCCAGGCCAGCAAUGUUGCGACGAAGCAGAAACUUUUGAGUUCUAGUGCCUUCGCCCGAAACCCGAUGGGGCCUGUGGUUGGGGAUGCUGGUUUUGCGAUGCCAAGUACUUUGUCACAGGAACCGAGCAGCGGCAGUCUGUUUCGAGGUUUAAGCCCUUUAGGACAAGGCAGUGCACACAAUAUGAGCGGCGUGUUCGCCUUUUCUCACUCACAGGGAGCUAGUAACUCACAACCCCUAGUACAGCAUGUUGUUGCGUCUCUGGCCAGUCAAGGGAAGGCCAGUCAACCAGGCCAGCAAGGUAGUAGAGAAAAACAAGUCCUC